AUGGUUCAGCGGAACAAGGUCCUAGAGACUGAUACUCCUACUGCAAAAUUUCUCUACACAAUCAUCAAGCAAUUGGAUCUGAAGUCGGUCGAUUGGAAUCGGGUUGCCUCUGAAGUCGAAAUAUCCAAUGGUCACGCUGCUCGUAUGCGGUAUUCCCGCUUCCGACAACAGAUGGAAGGAAACACAGGGGCAAGCAAACCAAAGCGAAAGACCAAGAAGGGAAAGACGAUAGAGCCCCCGGAGAUACAAAGCAUGUUCCCAAUGGCCCCGCCGCUCAUGAUGCCUCUCAUGGAAUCGACUGAUUCUUCCCUUGCGGGGAAUCCCUUCGUAAAGUGCGAGCCGGGUACUCAGGGCAAUGCAAACCAACAAAACCUCCUGCAGAAUUAUCCACAGUUGAUGUUGGAGACAAGCACUGAAGGACAGUAUUAUAUCCCCCAGGAUUUUGCCUCGAUGCAGUUCCAGCAGGCCUCAAGUAUACCGCCUGGAAUAUCAUCACCUAGUCCCGCAACAUCGUCAUCCCCCAUGAAUCUAUACCAGUUCCAGAAUACGUCAGCCAGUUAUCCUUAUUCAUCGCCUACUACUCAACCCGGUUUCGAUAUCCGGGAACUUGGACAAUUGAAUCCUUUCAUCAAUUAUGCCCCGGCCACCUUUUGGGAGCCAUGCACUCCAGCUUGCCAGGAUGACCCGAUCGUAAAGAUUGAAGAAGAACAGCAGACAGAGGAAAAGACAAAGAGCACAGAAAAUCUGGAGGAUCAGCCUGUUGUUGUGAAAGUUGAAAAUAUCCAAGAUUGA